AUGAACGUGUCACGAGCAGAACAUCAAUCUGAACAGCAAAUGUCCAGGACAAAACCAGACGCUACGAUGAGCCAGUCGCUGACAUCAUUCAUCCUGGUGGCAAAUCUGCUGAUAGCCGUCGGAAAGUACUUGCCGAAGUCGAAUGUAUCGUCGACGGCAUCGCCGGAGGCGCCGUGCAAACUGCAGCAGCUACUCUGCGCCAACGGACGCUGCGUGGAAAUGAAUCGAUACUGCGACGGGACGGACGACUGCGGAGACAUGACCGACGAACCGAAACUAUGCACACCUUGUAAUCGAACGCUUUAUGGCGAAGUAGAUACGAUAUACCAAUUAGAAUUGCACAGACCAAAAGAAGACAGGUUGCCAUAUGUGUGUAUGUUAACAUUUACUGCUGCAGGAGGCACUCUCGGAGAUCUAGUACAGUUAACCUUCACAAGUUUCACUUUGGGUCGGUUUACAUCAUUUACCACUGCCGGUUGCCCAGAUGGUACCCUGCAGCUGUCCGAGCUGGGUAGACCGCAAGUCGGGGGCGCGUGGUGCGGCACGCUGUGGAGUCCGGCGCACUUCUACAGCGAGACGCGCAGCGUAACGGCGAUCGUACGGCUCCAACACUUGUCACGAGAAAUCAACGGCUACAAUUUUGACUUCAAGAUCGAAUACAAAAUGUUGCAAAAAGUCGAAGCUGUUGCUAGAUACGGAGGUGCCGUUCCAGAUAUAAGUACGCAAUUUCAAAAUACCGAAAAUACCGCUGAGCCACUAUACCACCUUGGAGAACUCAUUCCUGGUACUUACUGUUCGCGAAUAUUUAGCGAUUGCGACCGAAAGGCUUGCCGUCUACAGAGCCCAAAUUUUCCGGGCGUUUAUCCGAGAAAUCUCACUUGUUAUUAUGCGGUCCGACAGCAUGACGUCCCGCCUGGGCAACACGCUCUGAUCAGUGUUCGUCAACCUCGAGGGCAGUUGAUUGCAAUACGAAGCAAUAGUGUUCUCCACGCCGCGCCAACAACCCCAGAAACCGAACACGUUGGAGAAGGAUCGAAACCGAAACGAGGCCUACGCGUAUGGAACGAAUGCGAUGAAGUACAGGAUUACGUUACAGUGUACGAUGGAUACACGACGAGAGACCCAGCAAUAUUACGAUUUUGCGGAGGUGAUGAACCUGUGCCUGAAGCAGUUUCAAGUGGACCGGAGCUACUCGUUGAGUUCACUAGUUCUCCGUAUGGCACUUUCUUACAUCCAGCGCCGCGUCAAAUAUUGCACGGAUUCCAGUUAGAAGUAGAGGUUCGCUUUGUGGAACAAGCCUCACCCACAUAUGCCAGUAACAAACGAACAUGUGAGUUUUGGCUGCGAGGUACCGGACGUGGGGUGCUGGAAACUCCAAAGCACACGCUAAGUCCUAACACAACAUGUUUAUACCAUUUCCAGGGCUUAGACACGACAGUGGCUUCAAAUCCAUCCAGACCGUCAGCACGAUUUCCAGACAAUUUCUCGUGGCGUCUGGGGAGUGCAACGCUAUAGCCCAGAUAUCGCAUAUGGUUGUCCGUGCUUAAGUUUAUUGUAGGUUCAACCAUUGGUCCACCAAUACGAGAGAACGAUGUUUGUUCAAGCCGUUUAGAUAUUUGGGACGGACCUCUGAGAUCGCCACCAACGUGCAACGAAGUUCCAUGUGGUAACGAUAACUUGCCUAAAGUCGGCGGAAGUACUGGUCGCAAGCCACCAGGCAACGCAACAAUAUUGGCACGUUAUUGCAAGGAUCUGGUGCCGCGGAGUUGUGAUCACGGGCUUCUUCAGCACGGCAGCGCACAGUUGCCUCGACCGUGCAGUGAUUCAGAGAGUUUCUUCAGUAGUGCUGAUACUUUGACUGUUCAACUCAGCUUGAAGGAAUCUACAGCACUGAGGCCUCUAUUAUUUCGAAUCCAGUACGAAUUCGUCGACCUUCAUCAAGAUGGUGAAGCUUUUGGCACCGGCGCUUGCUACCGCAAAUUUGUAAGCCGCGCGAGGGACAACUUAGAUCUAUAUCCUCAAACAUCUAAACGUGUUCGAUCUCCUCGAGAUGUUUUUCUAUUUGGCCGUGGCGGUGCGGAAAAUUUAGAUUGUCGUUAUCGUUUUGAGGCGCAGCGAGGAGAACGCGUAAAAAUAAUAUUAACUCGGAUUUCGACAAGCGGCCGAGCAUGUUUGACGCGCAUCGAUGAAUCGACUGGAUUAGCGGAGUGUUCUGGCGAUAAGUCGGCCACACUACGUUUAUACGAAAAUAUUUGGAACAAUGCCCCACCCAUUAGAAAAGGAUGUUUUUGUUCUCAAACAACUACUGGCGUGUCCAUGCCAUAUACGUUCAUAUCGGCCACUAAUGGAGCAGAGUUGAGAUUUUCUGCUAAAAAAAUGCGCGCUGACGAUGACGGCGAUACGUUAAUGUUUGAAGCAAGUUACGAAUUCGUCCGCAGUCCGCAAUGCACGGCCAACCGAAGGGUCAGCGGUGUCAGCGGCGAGAUGCGCUUCCGCCCGCCUGGCAGCGAUUCCAAAGACUUGAACUGUGCCUAUCAUCCCUGGCUAGUCGAACCGCAGCACAAUCGUUAUCUCUACGUUCGAGUGCCAGGAGUCCUCGUAGCUUCAGUGGACGAACACGAAUAUCCUCCCAACUCAACGGCAAUACCUGUAUCUUCACUCAUACCCUUAGUUGGCGUGAAUUGUGAAACAAGCAAUCGUAUCCUGGUGCAUGCUGGCCUAAAAAGAAUAACCGUGUGCCCAUCGGAAAACAGAGAUCAAUUUGUCGAUGUAUUUUCUGAUGGUUGGCCGCCACAUAAACAUGUUCCUACGCCUGAUCCAUUUUCGGAGAGACAUUUAUUGACAACACCGAGCACGGAAAUAAUUAUUGAGUUCCACGGAGAAGAAAAUGCAGAGUAUGUCGUGACGUGGCUGGAGUUGACAAUGAGGCCAAGUGUAGAAACACUAUCAGAAAUGUUCGGCCUGGAUCCAGUCUGCCCGUACCGUUGUCCGGAGCUGGACGCUUGCAUAAGCGCUUCGUUGUGGUGCGACAACAUACCGCAUUGUCCAUCGGGCAGGGACGAAGCAUUUCUGACAUGCUCACCACUAGUUCAUCUGCCCAUGCAGCAUGCGGUUAUUUUGGCAGGACUACUGUUUCUGCUGUUACUAAUAUUGUACAUGAUGUGCAUCUGGUGCCGGAGAAGACGCAGGAGGAGGCGAUCGAUAUUGGAAGCAAGGUUAAAAAGUCUUUCGUCAUCGGAAACUCCGGUAUUCAAUGAAAAAGAAGUGAUUUGCUGA